AUGUCGGUGUCCUCGGAUGAGGAGGACUUGGAUUGUCCCCUCUGUAUGGAGGAGAUCGACAUAACAGAUCGAUACUUUAAACCUUGUCCUUGCGGUUAUCAGAUUUGUCGGUUUUGUUGGAAUCAUAUCAAAGAGAACUUGAAUGGCCUUUGCCCAGCAUGUCGUCGACCCUAUUCCGAAGACACCGUGGAGUUCCGUCCGGUGCCACCCGAAGAAAUUGCACGUAUUAAGGCUGCUAAGAAAAAGAAGGAGCGGGAAAGGAAAGAGCAAGAUCAAAUGUCCAGAAGACAUUUGGCCAAUGUUCGCAUCGUACAAAAGAACUUGGUUUACGUGCUUGGAUUGCCACCAAAAAUUGCGUCCGAAGACAUCUUGCGAUCACAAGAUUAUUUUGGACAGUAUGGCAAGAUCACUCGUGUGGUGGUCAACCGACGGGCCCAUAGCCAUACACCUGUUCUCGCUCAAGUACCCAACACUGGAGUGUACAUUACCUUUACAAGAAAGGAAGAAGCCGCUCGAGCUAUUGAAGCAGUGGAUGGAAGUGUUUAUGAUGGAAAGAUCAUACGCGCGACUUACGGCACUACGAAAUAUUGUGCGUCCUUUUUGAAGAAUCAGCCGUGUCAAAACCCAGGAUGUCAAUUUCUUCAUGAGCCUGGAGAAGAGGCGGACUCUUUUGCCAAAGAGGAGCUGAGUCGUAUGCAACUACGAGAACGGAAUCCCAAACCACCACCAUUCCCAAUAACAUUAGGGGGCAAGAAGGAGGAGAAGGAGGAGAGCGCUUUACCUCCAACCGCCAGCUGGGCAAAGCCAGUUGCACGGCCGCAAGGCGCACAUCACUACUCAGCGGCAAGUAUAUCUUCCAUGUCGUCGUCAGCAUCUGGUCCACCGAGGAGUCCCGAGAUGGAUAUGGACGAUGUCUAUGAUUCGAAUCUAGGACCUUUGCGACAGAAAUCUUCCUCGCAGUUGGGACAAGUGGCCUCUAUUCAGCUCGGUGCUGAUCGCAAAGCGAAGGGAAAGAACAAACUAGCAGUGUCUGAUCUACCUCCUGGGUUCGCGUCAACUAUGGCCAACCAACAGGAGCUGUCCCUACCGGGUACCCCGGAAGUGGAACAAGUAAUGGGAUCCCGCGCACUCGAUGAGUCAGGCGAUCAACAAGCUGUAAAGGGAUCUUCACCUGGCGUAGUCAAGCGUGCAAGUGAAGAAAAUGCUAGUAAGCCAACUUCCCAGGAUGAACUGGACGAUGCAGUGUCACCUAGCGCUAUGGGAUUCAUCUUACAUCCAAAGUACAUUGGCCCGUUUGACCCCUUCAGAGAAGAUCCGUUAGCUGUCUUUGCGACUAUAUCGGUACCUUUACAGGAAGAGGGCUCCGGGUUUGGUUCGAAUGGGGUAUCAAGCUUGGCCAUUCCAACGCCAAAUGCCGAAGGCGGUAGAUUUGAUGCAUUUCACGAAACCCAGGCUCCACCGAGGUCAAACUCACGCGCGAGCGAUAGUGGACAACGCAGUCGAUUUGAACGCUUUUUCGGAAAUGGGCAAAUUUCCGAUGCGGAUGGUUCAUUUGAUGCAAGCGACGCCGGUGAGAAACCGAAGGAAGAAUCCAAAACCGUUCAGGAGUCGUUUCGAGCAAUGUUCCCAAACGUCAAUGUGUCAUUUGCAAGUGGGAGUCUGUCUGAAGCCGAGGCCCGGUGGGGUGAAAGCUUCAGUCCUAGCAAGCUAGCUGUCCCAGAUGCGUCAGCCGAGGCGUGGUCCCAUGGACAGGGGUUCCCUCUGCGUUCUCAGACCCAGCAAAUGGCGUUCCAAGGGGGCCUGCGCGGCGUUGCUGGACAGCAGCAGUAUGGAUCUAGCAAUUCGCUUGCAAUGCGUCAGCAAGAACAAUUACUCCAUCAGCAGCAGUACCUUUCCUCUCUUUCGCAUAAUCAGCAAGUACAGCCACACCUUCUAAGCCAACUUCAACAGCUUCGCUUGGCUCAGAUGCAGCAACAGCAACAGCAUUUCGCUGGUGUUCCCCACAGCUUGCACCCACAUCAGCAACCUCAAGAUGAACUAAUUGGUCAGCUCCUUAGAGAUGCCCAGUUACGAGAGACUCACAUUCGCCAAGACCAAAUCCGUGAGCUUCAGAUGCGCGCUGCUGCCGGUGCAGGGCAGAGCAGAGGGGAAGUAUCAUUUCGGGACCCGGCAAUAAUGUCGGUCAAACUGAAUAAUCCUACUGCUGGCGGUGCUGCCCCUGGGUUUGAAGGGCGCACAAGACCUAGAACUUUUGAGGGUGUUGCCCCAAGUCAAGGCCAAUCGCUUGAUUACCAGCAAGAGUGGCCGUCACCUCCUGGAACUUCUGCACUCGGACCCGGUUAUGUCACUAAUGGUGAGUACUACCCCUCCCGAUUACGUCGGGACUACCGAAAUGGAUGA